AUGACAGAAAAAUUACUUACUACACCACGAACAAGAAAUACUAUUCAAAUUCCUCCUCAAACAGAAACAAAUAACAAAACUUAUCGAUCCUCUAAGUCAGUUAUACAAAAUUAUAUUAUUUGCUCUCCAAGACAAACAGAUAAAAUAAUACAUAUGGAUAAUAUUACUUAUUUAUCUAAACCACCACAACAAGGUGUGUUAUUAAUUUCAACAAUUGAAGGACAUACUUUUAUUAAGUUUCAACCAUACUUAAAUCAAAAUGUAUUGUCAGGAAUAUCUCCAUCACAAACACCCAAAUUAGAAGAAGAAAAUGAAGAAGACAAAGAAAAUGAAAUAUAUUUCUGUAUUGAAGAUACUCCAACAUAUAAAAUUUCUCAUGAAACAAAUGAAAUACAAAUUACUUUUAUUCCAGGAAGAACUAUUCCAGUUGACAUAAAACCAAUAGAAUUUAAAAAAGGGACUUUCCCAAAAUUUUGUGAGUUUUUAAAACAACUUGGAAUUCAUUUUUGUAAUGGAAACAUUUCUAUUGACAAAAGAAGAUUACCAAGAAUGAUAGAUAUUCCUAAAUAUCUUAAUGAAUUAUCUAAUCAAGAACAAAAAGAUAAAAGAAUUAAUUGGUGUAAACAAAUACAAUUUGAUUGUAUUCAAAAAAUUAAUAAAAAUUAUCAAUGGAAUAAUGAAAAUGAAAGUAUUAUUAGAAAAGGAUUGUUUUAUAAAGGAGUUGAUAAUGAUUGUCGUUGUUCAUUAUGGUCAAAAUGUCUUGGAAAUUCAAUAGAUAAAAAUAUAUUUGAAAAGAUCAAACUUCAAGUUAAUAAUUUAGUUGAUAUUCAAAUUCAACAUUGUAAAAUACUUAGAGAAGAAAUUGAACAAAUAUUAAAAGAUGUAAAAAGAACAACUGUUAAUAAAAGUGUAUUAGAGUAUUGGAAUUGUCCAAUUGAAAAAAUAAAAACUUGCAUUGAAUUAUUAAUGAAAUGUUGGAUAAUAUAUGAUUUAGAUAAAGGAUAUCAACAAGGAAUGAGUGAUAUUUUAGUUGGAAUAAUGGAAUGUAGUAUAGAUGACUAUGAAUUAUUUUCUAUCUUUGUUCAACUUAUUGAACUAAUGUCUUCUAUUUUUAAUAGUAAAAUCCCUUUUGACUGUAUUAUUGGACCAAUAGUAAAAACAUUAGAUUUAGAACUUGAAGAAUAUUUUAAUAUGAAAAAAAUUGGAUAUUCUUUUAUGUACAAAUGGCUUAUUUUAUUAUUUAGAAGAGACUUUGUCUCUGAAAAAUGCAUUCGGCUUUGGGAUGCAAUAAUUGCAUAUCCAAAAAAUAAAUUUCAUUAUUUCAUUGCUGUUUCUAUGUUAUUAGAACAUCGUGAUAUAAUCUUGUCAAACCGUUUAGACCUUGAUGAUAUUUCAAUCUUCUUCUUACAACUUGAAAAUAAAUUUGAUGAUCAUCUUUUGAUUGACGCUGACAUUGCACUAUCUACUUUUAAACAAAAGGCUUCUAAAGAAGAUCAAGACCUUGUUUUUGCAUAG